GUGCCAGCCAGGACCAUGUGUACCAGCUUGACUGUUUGUGAGUGGAAGAAAGUCUUCUAUGAGAAGAUGGAGGUGGCAAAGCCGAACGACAGCUGGGAGCUCAUCAUGGACCCCAAACUCAAGCCCAAUGAACCAGACCCUGGCUGGAAGCAGUACCUGGAGCAGCAUGCCUCAGGCAGGUUCCACUGCUCCUGGUGCUGGCACACCUGGCAGUCCGCCCACGUGGUCAUCCUAUUCCACAUGCACCUGGACCGCGCCCAGCGGAUGGGCUCCGUGCGCAUGCGCGUCUUCAAGCAGCUGUGCUACGAGUGCGGCACGGCGCACCUGGACGAGUCGAGCAUGCUGGAGGAGAACAUCGAGGGCCUGGUGGACAACCUCAUCGCCAGCUUGCUCGAGCAGUGCUAUGACGAGCGCGGUGGCCAGUACCGCAUCCACGUGGCCAGCCGCCCAGAUCGCGGGCAGCACCGCGGCGAGUUCUGCGAGGCCUGCCAGGAGGGCAUCGUGCACUGGAAGCCCAGCGAGAAGCUGCUGGAGGAGGAGGCCGCCACCUACCCCUUCUCCGGUGCCUCUGAGCCGAAGGCCCAGGAGGGCUCUGGUUACAACUUCUUCUCGCUUCGCUGGUGCCUCUUCUGGGCCUUCCUCUGCGUGCUCAUUGUCUACCUGCAGUUCUCCUUUCGCACCUCUGUCUUUCUCUAG